AUGAAGUGGAUAUAAAAAAACAUACAGUCCCAAUAAAUAAAUUUCAAGUACAUCAUUGGAUUUCUGUCAAAGACAAACAAUCAUCAGUUUUAUGAAUCUUUAAACAACAAGUAAGAGAAUGUAAAGGAUGUCAAGAAGUAAGUAAAGAUAAUAACUAAUGUCUUGAGGAAUAUUUAAGAUCAUAAAUUUAGUAAGGAUGACUAUUCUCAAGAGGAAUAUGAAAAGGAAAGAGCUGAUCUGAUCAAGAGGAUGAAUAAUAACAAAGGGAUCAUAGAGUUCAUCAAAUUUUUAGUACGACUAACAAGCAUAGAUGUAAAAUUCAUUCAAUCGGGAUCAAAUGGACUUUGUUUAUUAGUGGCCAUGAAGGUUGAUAUUAGGAACCAAUCAUUUGAAAAUAUACGGAUCAAGAAUACUUCUUUGAUUGGAGGUAAUUUUGUAAGAUGCAACUUGAGUGGAUCAGAGUUUGAAAAUGUAGAUAUUAGUGGAUUGAAUUUGAAUGGUGCUUAACUAUUCAAUUGUAAAUGGAAGAAGUUGAAAAUCCAUGAGUUGAAUAAAUUGGAUGGUCAUAAUGAAAGUGUUAAUACUGUAUGCUUCUCUCCUGAUGGCACAACAGUAGCAACUGGUAGUGGAAAGCGUUUUGGUUUUGGUUAAAGCAUUGAUAACUCUAUCCGUUUAUGGGAUGUCAAAACAGGAUAAUAAAAAGCUAAAUUAGAUGGUCAUAGUGGAACUGUCUACUCAGUCUGUUUCUCUCCUGAUGGAAAUAUAUUAGCUUCUGGUAGUGGUGAUGAGUCUAUCCGUCUAUGGGAUGUCAAAACAGGAUAAUAAAAAGCCAAAUUAGAUGGUCAUAGUAAUUGGGUAAUGUCAGUCUGUUUCUCUCCUGAUGGAAAUACAUUAGCUUCUGGUAGUGUAGGUAACUCUAUCCAUCUAUGGGAUGUCAAAACAGGAUAAUAAAAAGCCAAAUUAGAUGGUCAU